CUAACCAAUGAAUCUAUUAUAUAAAUAAAUUGUUUUUUUCUCUCUCCCUCUCUAUAGAGUACCCUCAUUCCCAGCCUGGAUCCCUCUCUCUCUAUCUCUACCUGUGCCACUCUCUCUCUCUCUCACACACACACACAAAUAUACCAGAGCAGAGAACACGCAGAUAUACAUACACACACACACACAUUCAUAGUGUCAGUCACACCUCGAGUGAUUCCUCCACCCCAUAAGUCGCCCCCUUUCUCUCUCUCUCUCUCCCUCACACACACUCGACAAUGGCGACUGCACAGCUCCCAGCAAUGGUGCUGCUCCUCGUCGUCCUCGUCUCCGCCGCCAGCGGCGCAGAUCUCUCCAGCGACCGCGCCGCCCUCUUAGCCCUCCGGUCGGCGGUGGGGGGGCGCACCCUCUUCUGGAACACCACCGCCAGCAGCCCAUGCAACUGGGCCGGCGUCCUCUGCGAAGACAACCGCGUCACCGUCCUUCGCCUCCCCGCCGCCUCCCUCUUCGGCGCCCUCCCCGCCUCCGCCCUCUCCAACCUCACCGCCCUCCGCACCCUCAGCCUCCGCCUCAACCACCUCUCCGGCCCCCUCCCCCCCGACCUCUCUUCACUCUCCCAGCUCCGCAACCUCUACCUCCAGGGCAACCACUUCUCCGGCCCCACCCCGCCAUCCCUCUUCUCCCUCCACGCCCUAGUCAGACUCAAUCUCGCCGACAACAAUUUCUCCGGCACAAUUCCCUCCGCCUUCAACAAUCUGACCCGCCUCCGCACCCUUUUCUUGGAGAAUAAUCGCUUCGCCGGAAAUCUCCCCGACAUUGACCUCCCAAAUCUCGACCAAUUCAACGUCUCUUUCAAUAACCUAAACGGCUCCGUUCCGAAAGGGCUCGUGCGCAAAUCGAAGGACUCGUUUCUCGGCACUUCGCUCUGCGGGAAGCCUCUGGAUACGGUCUGCGCCGACAAUGCCGGCCAAACUCCGUCUAUCGCCGCCGAGCCCACCACUGGGGGGAAGAAGAAGAAGAAGCUCUCCGGCGGCGCCAUUGCCGGAAUUGCGAUUGGAUCUGUCCUCGGGCUACUUCUCCUGCUCUUGCUACUGCUUGUCCUGUGUAGGAAGCGGAGCGGGAAGAAGGCGCGCUCAGUCGACGUCGCGGCGUUCAAGAAUCAAGAAAACGAGACCGCCGCCGCCGCCCAGAAGCCCGCCGCCGCCGCCGCGGGGGAGGCGGUGGAGACCGCGAAUGGGGUCGCGAAGAGCAACAGCGAGAGCAAUGCGGCUGUGAAUGCGAAGAAGCUGGUUUUCUUCGGUGGCGCGGCGAGGGUAUUCGAUUUGGAGGAGCUGCUGAGGGCGUCGGCGGAGGUGUUGGGGAAGGGGACGUUUGGAACGGCGUACAAGGCGGUGCUGGAGGUGGGAACGGUGGUGGCUGUGAAGAGGCUCAAGGAUGUCACCAUUUCGGAGAAGGAAUUCAAGGACAAGAUUGAGAGUGUUGGAGCUAUGGAUCAUCACAAUUUGGUGCCUCUUAGAGCUUACUACUAUAGUAGGGAGGAGAAGCUUCUUGUCUAUGACUAUAUGCCAAUGGGAAGCCUCUCUGCACUCUUACAUGGAAACAAGGGAGGCGGCCGGACGCCGUUGAACUGGGAGAUGAGGUCCGGCAUCGCCCUCGGAGCUGCACGAGGCAUCGAAUACCUCCACCUGCAAGGCCCCGGCGUCUCCCACGGCAACAUCAAGUCGUCCAACAUCCUCCUCACCAAGUCACACGACGCGCGCGUCUCAGACUUCGGCCUCAGCCAUCUGGUCGGGCCCCCGUCCUCCCCUACCCGCGUGGCUGGCUACCGCGCCCCGGAGGUGACCGAUCCCCGCAGGGUCUCCCAGCAGGCCGACGUCUACAGCUUCGGCGUCCUCCUGCUGGAGCUGCUCACGGGGAAGGCGCCCACGCACGCCCUCCUGAACGAGGACGGGGUGGACCUGCCGCGGUGGGUGCAGUCCGUGGUCCGGGAGGAGUGGACCUCCGAGGUGUUCGACCUCGAGCUCCUCCGCCACCACAACCUCGAGGAGGAGAUGGUGCAGCUCCUCCAGCUCGGGAUCGACUGCACGGCUCAGUACCCCGACAACCGCCCCUCGAUCUCUCAGGUCGCCGCCCGCAUCGAGGAGCUCCGCUCCUCGAGCUUGACAGGAUUUCAAGAACAGCCCGAUCAAGUGAGCGAAACAGAUUGAUUGAUUCUAGUUGAGAAAAAAUAGCAUCAACAAUUUUUAAUGAAUCUUGAUCUCUGCUUGAACUAGUUGUACUCGUUUGUUAAAUUUGGGCUCAUAAUUCUUGUUUGUCAUCA